AUGGCACCGCCGGCGCGACCACAUCUGCGUGCGGCGUGGAAACUGUCAUUUCGCGUCGUGCCGCCGGCCGGGACGCCGCACACGAGCCAGCGCGCCGAGCUGACGGCGGCCAUCGGCGCGUUGACGGCCGUGCAGCCGUGGAAUACGGUGCGCGGCGGCCAGUUCCCCUGCAAUAUACCGGAGUCCUGCGACAAGCUGUGCCCCGUGCAGCACGUGGUCGUCAAGUCCGACUCCUCGUACCUGGUCGAAGGCAUGACGAGCUGGGUCGAAAAGUGGGCGACCAACGGCUGGCUCACGGCCAAGCGGACCGAGGUCGCCGUCGACUGGUGGCUGGUGCCGCGGGCUCAGAAUCGCGAGGCGGAUCUGUUAGCUAACGAGGGGCUUCGCUCGAGGUUCCGGCUUGGGAAUUGUGGAUUGGAGCUUUUAUACUGA